CAACGUUCAUGGCUCCCCUCCUUCCUCCAAAUCCUGCUCCUCCCCCUCCUCCUUCCUCAGGUGACAUUUACGACCCAGCUGUCCCUGACUCCCCUGCUCACUCUGCCUCAUCGCACCAGCACCAGCAGCAGCAGCAGCAGCAGCAGCAGCAGCAGCAGGUGCAGCAGCAGGAGCGGAUGGAGCAGCAGCGGCAGCAGCAGCAGCAGCAGCAGCAGCAGGAGAUGCAGCAGCAGCAGCGGAUGGAGCAGCAGCAGCAGCAGCAGCAGGAGAUGCAGCAGCAGCAGCGGAUGGAGCAGCAGCAGCAGCAGCAACCGCAGGCAAUGCAGCAACAGCAGCUGCAGCAGGAGGUGCAGCAGCAGCAGCAGCGGCAGCAACCACAGCAGCAACCUCAUCGGCAUCGCUGCACCACCUCUCCGUUCAUCCUCCCACGCAUCCACACUCGCUCUCAUGGCCCACUCAUAGGCCAUCCAUGGGUCUGAUGCCAGCCUUUUCCUUUGCUC